ACUCGCGCCCCCGCAGCUAGCUUCCGGCCUUCAGGAAAGUACUCUUCCUUUACUUCAUCAUCUAAUUUUCCCAACGAGAGUCCAGGAGCGGUGGGCUCCUUGCUCCAACGUCCGGAACCUUCAAUUCACAUCCAACACGUCUUUCCUCCAUCUCCUGAUGACGAUUCCAAUUUCUGUGCUGAUAGUUUUGAGUUCUGUCAGUUGGAAGAACUUGAACCAAUUGCUGUCGCGCCUCAGUUUUUAGUGGAUGUUUUUGGACGCCUGGUCUCUGUCACGCCUAUAACUUAUUUCCAAAAGCAAGAUAGGACCAGAAGGAAGCAAACUGUUGUACUUGAGAAUGAACGGUGCAUCAAACAUCUCUGCAACUCGCAUUGUCGUGUCCCCAAGGGUAUUGCAGACUCAGUCCCUGGUUGUGCAAAGGCUUUGACAAUCUACCGUGAUUCCUUCCGAACAAUUCUGGAACUUCAGCUCAUUCAGUCCACUGCUUCAAUGGGUGACAAGUUCCGCUGCAAGGUCACAAUUACCGACAUAGAUACAACACGAGAGUGGUGCUACCUCGGUUGUGAUAUCAGUUGCAAAGCGGUGGUUCGUCGUGAUGCUCCAUUAUGGUGUGACAAAUGCGAGGCAACAUUUAUCCUGCAUCAGCUGAAACAAUGAAACACUUCUGUUGGUGUCCGCCAAUGCUUUAUCUGCUGCUUCCCCUAA